AUGAAGUUCUUCGCCUCUACUCUCGCCGUUCUCUCUCUGUCCCUCUCCUCGGCUGUGGCUGCUCCUGUUGAGGCUGCCUCCGAUGCCGCCGCCUCUACCUCCAUCUCCGUCUCCUACGACCCCAAGUAUGAUGUGGGCGGCAGCUCCCUCACCACCGUCGCUUGCUCUGACGGUGUCUACGGCCUCAUCCCCCGCGGCUACUCCACCUUCGGUUCCCUACCCAGCUUCCCGCGGAUCGGAGGUGCUCCCACCAUUCCCGGAUGGAACAGCCCCAACUGUGGCAAAUGCUACUCGCUGCACUACAAGGCUGGUCCCGUUGACAAGACCAUCUACAUGACUGCCGUCGACGCCGCUCCUGGUGGCUUCAAUCUCGGCGUGAAUGCCAUGAACGAGCUGACGAAUGGCCAAGCUGUGCAGCUUGGUCGCGUGCAGGCGGAUUAUGCCGAGGUUGAUCCCUCUUUGUGUGGGUUCAAAUAG